AUGGAUGAAAAUGAUGACAAAAUUAAAUCAAUUAUUAAAUUAAAAUCAAUAAUUAGUAUUUAUGAUAAUCUUCAAAUUAAGCUUGAUGGAAUUAUAGAAACGCUUAAGAAUAAAAUGCAUAAUUAUUUUGCCAAUUCGUACUUUGAAAGAAUAUUAUUUACUGAAAAAUUUGAAAUUCAUACUUCAAACUUAAGUUUAGAUAUAAGUCAAAAUCUUGACAAUGGAAUUGUAGAUAUUCCAGAUUAUACUGAACUUCUAGCUGUAUUCUUACUAUUUGCACAAUUGAAUGACACAAAAUUAAUACUUAAUAAAACAGAAAGCACAAAUCAAUUGUGGAUGAAUCUUUCUAGAGAUACUGAUAAUCGGUCAAAUAUUGAAAAUAUAUUAAACAUUGGUACUAUUUCAAUUCUUUUUCCAUAA